GCAGCGGCUCGCCGCCCUCCGGCCCGAGCCCCCACCCAGCGCCGGCCAGGGCAGGCGGAGCGCCCGCGGGCGGCGGUCCUCGGCCUCCCGGGUCCGCGCUCCGGGAAGCUGCUCCGAGCCGGGGUGUUGUUGCUAAUGAGCUCUCUUCCUCCCCUCUUACAAUGAAAGACAAGCCAGCCCCCGGGUACCUGGAUGGAUUGAGAGCCGAAGUGUCAGAAACUUCAUAAUAAGUUGCUGAUGGCUACCAGCCAAGGUCAGCUGGCCCCCAUUAGUGCCUGUCCCCACAAAGCAGAGCCAAAUAAGCUUCUCCCCAGUUAAGAACCUCAGUCACUUUUUUAUGUGGCGGUCCAGCCACACAAUUGUUGUCACUUUAAGCCCAUGUGAAAAGAAAUCUCUUCUGUUGGUCUGAGAUGCCGGUCCAGUCCCACAGAGGGGACACCGUUCCAGCUAACACGCACACCUCCUGAUUUUAUUUUAUCUUUACAACGCAGGCUGGAGGGUUGUUUUGCAGUUCUGUUGAGCACAUCACACAUUUAAGGGCCCUUUAAAGACCUGGAUUGAUUGGAAGGACAAAAAUUAAAAGCAAUCUGAUCCGGCCUCGUGCCAGAUCCCUGCGGAUUUGCUCCCUAUCCCAUUUCCACCCACUGUCACAAUUCGAGAGCCUGCCUGAUUUGAUCAGAUUCGCCUCUGGGAGAGGUGUAAUGCCAAGGUUAGGAGGACGCGAAGUUACGGGCAACUUUCUGAUUUGCCCAUCAGCAGUCUGAGAAACGCUGGCUCUGAGUCUUCCAAAUCGGCCUUUGGGAAGAAACAAGUUCCUCGCUCUUCGCAAGCCGGCACUGCUCCGGUCCCUGGGACAUCCAGCCACCGGUGCCUGGUAGAUGUGGCACUUCCAUGCUGAGGCCGAGAGUCCCGCCUGACCCAGUCACUGCCUCUCCAGGGCCUGUCUGGGCCACGCCCCUGCGGACUGCGCAGCCAUGCUGCCCCUGCUCGCACUUUUCCUGCACUGCCUCCCACUGGCCUCGGGGGACUAUGACAUCUGCAAAUCCUGGGUGACCACGGACGAGGGCCCCACCUGGGAGUUCUACGCCUGCCAGCCCAAGGUGAUGCGGCUGAAGGACUACGUCAAAGUGAAGGUGGAGCCCUCUGGCAUCACGUGCGGAGACCCCCCUGAGAGGUUCUGCUCCCACGAGAACCCAUACCUGUGCAGCAACGAGUGCGACGCCUCCAACCCUGACCUGGCCCACCCGCCCCGGCUCAUGUUCGACAGGGAGGAUGAGGGCCUGGCCACGUACUGGCAGAGCGUCACGUGGAGCCGCUACCCCAGCCCGCUGGAAGCCAACAUCACCCUCUCGUGGAACAAGAGCGUGGAGCUGACCGACGAUGUGGUGGUGACCUUCGAGUACGGCCGGCCCACAGUCAUGGUCCUGGAGAAGUCCCUGGACAACGGGCGCACGUGGCAGCCCUACCAGUUCUAUGCCGAGGACUGCAUGGAGGCCUUCGGCAUGGUGGCACGCCGCGCCCGCGACCUGUCAUCCUCGGGCGCCCACCGCGUGCUGUGCACCGAGGAGUACUCGCGCUGGGCCGGCUCCAAGAAGGAGAAGCACGUGCGCUUCGAGGUGCGGGACCGCCUGGCCAUCUUCGCCGGCCCCGACCUGCGCAACAUGGGCAACCUCUACACGCGGCUGGAGAGCGCCAAGGGCCUCAAGGAGUUCUUCACCCUCACGGACCUGCGCAUGCGGCUGCUGCGCCCGGCGCUGGGGGGCACCUAUGUGCAGCGGGAGAACCUCUACAAGUACUUCUAUGCCAUCUCCAACAUCGAGGUCAUUGGCAGGUGCAAGUGCAACCUGCACGCUAACCUGUGCUCCGUGCGGGAGGGCAGCCUGCAGUGCGAGUGUGAGCACAACACCACCGGCCCCGACUGCGGCAAGUGCAAGAGGAACUUCCGCACCCGGUCCUGGCGCGCCGGCUCCUACCUGCCGCUGCCUCACGGCUCUCCCAACGCGUGUGCUGCUGCAGGCUCUGCUGUUGGCAGCGUCGGCAGGCCCCGGAAAGACCCUGUCCCCAGAGCCCCUGUGGCCACUGUGGCCCUGAGAGGGGACCCCAGCACUCCCGCCCCCUCUACUUCCACCGGGCGGGCCCCGAUGGCCCCCAGCACCCCACAGCCCACAGAGCGGAUCAGGCCAUCUGCCGCUGCCCCCCUUGGGGAGAGCUCCCCCUGGCCCCAGACGCCCUCCAGUGCAGAAGCUGUGGGCACCUCCGCCGCUGCCCCUGCCCCGGCCUCCAAACCUUUCCAGCUCAAGCCCAAAUCAGCUCAAGUGGUGCCCAUUGAAGAGUUCCAAGGUAAGAGGAAGGCCCCGGGCCGGACCAGCCCUCCUCCAGCACCUCUAUCCUCACCUCCGCUGGAAAAUAAUGAUGCAGGACGGAGGACCCAUGCCUGGUUCAGAAAACCCUCCCGGAGUAGCUGGGUCAAGGUGAAGCUGAACCUCUCUUCCCUCAGUCCUCCCUCCCCAAGGGAGCUGGAAGCAGGUAUGAGUCAGAAGCACAGUGGGCAGGCACGGGGCAGGCAGAGCAGCAACAAGAAAUGGUCUGUCCGUGCUCCCCUGGGAGGUGUGGCCCAGGGGCUUGUCUCGGUGGAAGCCAGAGCUGGGACACAGGGGUUACUGCCACUACUCCUUGAGACACUUGGAUGCCUCACCUGGAAGGGACAGGUGAAGGGGGACGGUCCAGGAAGCCCAAGGUGUGGCGUGCCCGCGGUCUCCUCCCUGGCACAGCUCCGAGGCUCAUUUCUUUCCUCUCCCACCACAAAAGGGAGGUUGGGCCCUCUUGAGAUACGCAGAUGGCAUUCCAGGAGGGUGGCCAGCGUCCUUCCCAUUCAAGGGCAGCCACACUGGCUUUCCUUUUGAAGGGGAUAUUGGGCCCCUUAGGAGGGACACCAAGGGAUGGCCGCCUUCGUGGGGGCAGGCACUGAAACCCCAACACCUUUAGGGUGCCUCGCCCUGGCAGUCAUAGAACACGCCCGGUCCCGGGAGAUGGGGGCUGGGGAGGGUGGUGAGGCUGGAGGAGACAGCAGGACAGCACAGGGAUCGCUGUCCUCGGUGUGGAGCCAUGUGCACACAGUAAGAGUCACCAGGCCAAGAUGAUCAGGAGGCGAAACAAGAUGGACCAGGCACAAACCCCAAGAUGGCAUUCAUUCUCGGGGGUGUGCAAGAGGAGGCCCUCUGGUGCCAGUCGCAUUUGCAGAACAGCUCAGGCUAAUAGUAAAAGGUCCAGCAGGUGGGCGUUUCCCUUCCAACCACCUUCCAAAGCAGCAUGUGGAAGGAAGCUCCUGGUCCGUUCCAUCUCUCCCAGCGUCCGUGCAUGCGUCUGUCCUUCACCGAGUCACUGGGGGUGCAGUGGUGAGCGCCACGGACCCAGCAACUGCCCUUCCUAAGCUCACGCCGGCUGCAUGACCCAUCCUCCCUGCAUGAAUCAC